AUGCAUAUCGUGGAGCGACCAUACGCCGCGAGGCUGAAUAGCCCCGCCGGUGUGGGAGCGGGUCCGCGUGACGCCGCGAUUCACGGCGGAUCGCCUCAGAGAUUGCACUUCGAAACGAAUCCCGAGCUCUGCGAUCUCGACGAUCCCUCCUACUACAUGUCGCUUGACCACCAGCCCGACCGGCAGAUUCUCGUGCAGACGUCCAGAAUAGGGGCAGGAGUGCCCGUAGUCGAGAAGGUACGGUGGUUGGACCAGCAGUUGUCGCACCUGCAGUGUCCGUACCCGAUACAGCAUAUCGAGUUCACCUAUUCCGGGGAUGCAGUCGUUCAGUUUAUCUCGGAGGCCGCCAAACUGAAAGCGCUGACGCGCUGCGGGUCAUUGCGGUGGAGGAGCGUGGAGAUCGCCAGCUGGCCGUGCGCGGAGGAGGACGUUCGGGCGCUGUCGUGGGUCGGAAUCACUGGCGCGCUUCCGGAGAUCUUUCCUCUCGUGCGACAGGCGCUGCAGCAAUACGGCGAAGUGAAGGGGGAGUGUCCUCCUCCACCCAACAACCACCUUCUGUUGGCGCAACAGCAGAGGAGGUUCCCAAUGCUCAAGUAUUAUUUCGUCCCUAACGGGAAGAAGAGGCUUCCGCCUUCCAUCCAGAUUGUCAGGCCAGACCGGCCAAAGGCGUACCCACCAUGCACAGUCCAGCUUUUCACCCCGUUUGGACCUCUUUCGCCAACCUGUUCUGAUUUUGGCAAGGCACACUCUUUGUAUGGUUGUCCAACAUGCUACUUCAGUAGCACUCAAACCCACUUCGGUGCUUAA